CCACCCGGCCCCGCCCUGCCCCGCCCAGGUUUCCAGCGGGCUGGCCUGAAGGCACUCCCUGGACCGCGGGACAGGAGUUCUACAAAGGGAGACGAUCUUCAUGCGGUUCCCUGUAGGUGGGAUCUACAACAAAAGCCAACCAUUCUGUACAUCACCAGUUGUGGUUAUGAGGCACUAAGUUGCUAUAAGUGUGAACAUUUGGUGUCUAUGGAUCUGCUUUGAACCUUAGAGCCUGCUUAUGGGGGAAGGUGACACUGCCUGGGCCCCAUCCAUCCUUUCUCACGACGUCCUUGGCGUCUUAAGCCAGCACCCACAGCUAUACUUUGGGAGAAGGAUGGAGUCCAAAGUCUCAGAAGGUGGCCUGAACGUGACGCUGACAAUACGCCUGCUGAUGCAUGGGAAGGAAGUUGGAAGCAUCAUUGGAAAGAAGGGAGAGACCGUGAAGAAGAUGCGUGAAGAGAGUGGUGCAAGAAUCAACAUCUCAGAGGGAAACUGCCCAGAGAGAAUCGUGACCAUCACGGGCCCAACAGAUGCCAUCUUCAAAGCCUUUGCCAUGAUCGCAUACAAGUUUGAGGAGGACAUCAUCAACUCCAUGAGCAACAGCCCUGCCACCAGCAAGCCCCCUGUGACGCUGAGGCUGGUGGUCCCCGCCAGCCAGUGCGGCUCGCUCAUUGGCAAAGGCGGUUCCAAGAUCAAGGAGAUCAGGGAGUCUACAGGUGCUCAGGUGCAGGUGGCAGGGGACAUGCUGCCCAACUCCACCGAGCGGGCGGUGACCAUCUCAGGGACACCCGAUGCCAUCAUCCAGUGCGUCAAGCAGAUCUGUGUGGUGAUGCUGGAGUCCCCACCGAAAGGUGCCACCAUCCCCUACCGCCCAAAGCCCGCCUCCACCCCUGUCAUUUUUGCAGGUGGUCAGGUAAGAGCCGACCCGCUCGCGGCCUCCACGGCCAACCUCAGCCUUUUACUGCAGCACCAGCCGCUGCCUGCCUACACCAUCCAGGGACAGUACGCCAUUCCACACCCAGAUCUCUCGUGUCCCUCCUACCCCCAGCAGUUGACCAAGCUCCACCAGUUGGCCAUGCAGCAAACCCCCUUUCCUCCCCUCGGACAGACCAACCCCGCUUUCCCCGGAGAAAAGCUGCCUUUACACUCCUCCGAAGAAGCUCAAAAUCUGAUGGGCCAGUCGUCAGGUCUGGAUGCCAGUCCCCCAGCCAGCACCCAUGAGCUCACCAUUCCCAAUGAUCUAAUAGGCUGCAUAAUUGGACGCCAAGGGACCAAAAUCAAUGAAAUACGGCAGAUGUCAGGAGCACAGAUCAAAAUCGCCAAUGCCACCGAAGGGUCAUCAGAGCGCCAAAUCACCAUCACGGGGAGCCCGGCCAACAUCAGCCUUGCCCAGUAUCUCAUCAAUGCCAGGCUCACGUCCGAGGUCACUGGAAUGGGCGCGCUCUAACCGCUACCUGCUGCCUCCCUCACCACCGCCCUCCCGAGCCACUGCUUCCACCUGCUCCUACGGCGUCCUGUCUGUCCACCGCAAAUCCGUGAUAGAUAGUUUCUUUACUGACAGAAAAGAUAUAUAUAUACACUGUACAUAUUCGCACUGCCCCACCCCCACCCCUACGUACACCAUGCCUACUCGUGUAUCUCUCUCUGUACCGGCCUGUGCUUCGGACUCCAUCCUCGCCCUACGCUCCAGUAUUAGUUUAUGCUCUGUUUGUCCCUGCAUUGGCAUGCGGUGUUAAUUCUUUUCAGUACUUGGGGAGUUCCCAUGUGUGACAUGUUAGAAGUAUUGUUCCUUAGUGCAGUGUGCCCAUUUUAGAGUUGGGUUGACAUUUUGGCAGCACUUUCCGUGGGCUGUCAUCUGCCCUGCCAUCUAGAGCAUGGUUGCCUUGAGAUGCCUCCUCUCAUGGACCCCUCCUCCCACGGGUCCCGCUCUGCUUACCUUGUUUCCGGGAAGCCUGCGCCCCUUUCAGGCCAGGUUUCCAUCUCAGCUCAUACGGGUCAGGGCCGGGCCCUCUGGUCCCACAGGAAGGAGACUGGGGAGGGCGUGGGACCUUCGCUUCACUAGGAUGUCUCCAGCUGAGGAGGCCAGGGUGUCCCUGCCCAGGAAGGUCCAGGGUGCUGGACUGGCCAGGAAGCGCAGUGUCUGAGCUCAAUAAAUGUUGUCGCACCUGC